AUGUCUAAUUUCACAUAUAUCAACGAGAAAGGUGCCGGCGAGAAGCAUAGUGACAUUGGCCACUAUUCCCAGGCUGUCAUUCUUCCUGGAAAUAUUGUCAAGUGCUCAGGUCAGGGUGGCUGGACCUCCACAGGUGCUCUUGAUGCGAAUGAUUUCAAGCGUCAGAUCGAUUUGGCUUUCGAUAAUGUCGAUCGAGUUCUCCAGGCCGCAGGUCUGAAGGGUUGGGAGGAUGUCUAUCUGCUCCGAUCUUACCACGUCGACAUUGGCGCCUCUUGGGAAUAUACCGUCGAGAAGUUGCGGGCUCGCAUUCCUGGCCACCGCUCUGUUUGGACCGCCAUUGCCGUGCCCCGCCUUGCUUUCCCCCAGAUGUUGAUCGAGCUUGAGGUUGAGGCCUACAACCCGCGCGGCUCCAACCUGUGA